CUAUACUAAUACAUACCUACCCCCCUGCCUUUCUUUUCUCUUUCACUCCUUACUUUCUUUCCCCAAAACAGAGCCUCUCUGUUUCUUCUCACAGAAUACAGUUUAGUCGAUGGAUCCUCAGAGCAAGAAGACGAAACAGAGCGGCUGCUCUCUCCCACCCAAGAGAGGCCAGAUCAAGGCUCAAAUCUUCAAGAGCAUCGCCAAGACCGUCACUUCCGCCACCUCCACUUCCAUCGAAAUCGUCGGAAUGAAAGUGCACGGCGGAGGUGGCGGUGGAUCAUCAUCAAGCUCUGCCGGCGCCUCUGCUUCCACAACCCCGCCGCCGAUUGCGAAAUUAGCCCUAAUGGGGUCUCAAAGGGACACUAGUCUCCGUUAAUUAGUAUGUGCUGUGGGGGCCGGACACCUUGAAUCUGUGUUUUAUGUGCCUGGUUCAGUGGCUCUAAUGGCUUCCUCCUUGCCAAUAAAAUCGUAUUCAUGCUAUUGUCACGUUUUGCAUUUAAUGACGUCAUGUUUAAACGUAAG